AUGAUAGUUAAUGUUACCAAUAACCUGCUGACAGAAUUCCCCACAUGUGGUUCUGUAGGAGACAUUUCCUGUGUUUCUGAAGUACAUUUGGAUUUCUCUCAUAAUUUCCUCCAAGCCUUACCCAACAAUGAAACAUGUAUACUGGACAAAGCUGUGAUGUUAAAUGUCAGUCACAACAGGUUCACCGAGAUACCAGAACCGAUUGCCAAUUCCUCUACUCUCCAAUACCUGGUUAUGGCCUACAACAAGAUUUCCAAAAUAACGCCCAGGGCUUUUGUUGGACUACCUUACCUCAAAGAACUGGACCUGAGCUUUAACCAUCUGACAGUAUUUCCAGAAAGCAUAAAGAGCCUAUCACGGUUGGAAAAACUUAAUCUGGCAGGAAAUCUUAUCCUUACAAUCCCCGAUAUUAGAUCAUCCUUGUGGCCGUCUUUGUCUGUGUUCCAGUUCCAUGGUAACCCUCUUGUCUGUUCCUGUUCCGCAGUCUGGCUGAGAAACUACACCUUCACCACAGACCUGGGACAGUGUAGUUAUCCCGUGGAGCAUGAGGGUAGCGCAGUGACCUGUCUGGCAACCUUGCCUUGUGAUACAGGUCAAAGUGUUUAUUCAUCAAAAGAAAAUAUACAGGCAUGUAGGACCGGAUUAGUACUUACAAAUGAGAACCAAAACCUAAAAUGGGACCUUCCAUCAGGAAGGGUACAAACUACACCACAAUCCCAGGCCAAUGUUGAAGUUUUCAGGGACUGUUAUCUGGUAGCCAACUUUUCAUCAGUAGGUGAGAAUACGUGGGAAGUUUCGUAUGGCAGUAAUGAGACAGGAGAUCUAGUGUGUCUGACACUGUCGGAUAAAACCUGGAUUAGUAACAUCAGAGAAUGUCUUGUGUUGGAUCCAACAGGGGCUCGGCCAGUAGUGGCUACAGAGCAAAAUUCUGUAGAAGCGGAAACUCAAACAUCACACACUGCCCACAAUGCAGUGAUAAUCACACUCUCCAUAAUUCUGGUUGCUGUUAUUGGUACAGGACUAGCUAUCUAUAUUGUAUGUAAGAGGCGACGACAAGCUGUUACCAAACACAGGGGAACAGUACCAACCAUAUCAGGGGAAGAAAAUACAGUAUAUGAAAACGGCAACGUAGGUGAGACGUCAUUCAGCGGAGGUCCUGUGGAUAGCGCGGAAGAUGAACAUUACUAUGACUCUCUCCAUCCCUCAAAUACAUAA